GUAGCACCGCUGUCAGCCCAGCGCUAACCAGUACAAGAAGACGCUUCCUAGCGGCUUGGGGGAGAAAAGAUAAACCGUCUAGAGAAAAUCAUUACGAGAAGCACCGAAGCGCCACCACGGAUUUCUUGUGGGAUAAACGCACAGGCCUCGCUGCUAAAACGAUGCCUCACACGAGACGCUACUCGUCCUCGGAGCGAGACAGUCGAAGCAGCUACCAGGAUCGUUUUAAAGACAGAGGUCGGAGACCGAGGCACCGGAGAUCGCCUUCGUUUUCCUCCAGCAGUGACAGAGACCGAAACAGAGAACGAGAUCGAAGGGGAAGGGGAAACAGACAAGAGGAAAGCUAUGCACGUUCAAGGAGUCGCAGCUUUGACAACCGGUCAGCAGAGCGGCGGCCGUUUGACAGAAGAUGCUGCGAUGGAUACCGACGCCUGGACCACAGUCGGGAGAGAGACCGCGACCGGGAACGAGAGCCCCAUGCCGCGGCCGACCCUUACUAUCCACGGGACUUCACGGCCACCAUGUACGACUACCGGCGAGGCCGCGAGAGGGAGCGCGAAGAGUCGUACCGGCGGAAAGGCAGCAGGCGUAAGCACAAACGAAGGCGGCGUAGAACCAGGUCCUAUAGCCCAUCCUCCUCGCAGCGGAGCGGCAGCCGGACGCGGGCACUGAGUGUGAGGGACGACGAGGAAGGGCACCUGAUCUGUCGGAGUGGGGACGUCCUGCAAGAGAGAUACGAGAUCGUCAGCACCCUUGGGGAGGGCACCUUCGGGAGGGUGAUGCAGUGCAUUGACCAUCGAAGGGGCGGAACCCAUGUCGCACUGAAGAUCAUCAAGAAUGUGGAGAAGUACAAGGAAGCGGCUCGGCUGGAGAUCAAUGUGCUGGAGCGGAUCAACGAGAAGGAUCCGGAAAACAAGCACCUAUGCAUCCAGAUGUUCGACUGGUUCGACUACCACGGCCACAUGUGCAUCUCCUUUGAGCUGCUCGCGCUGAGCACCUUCGACUUCCUGAAGGAGAACAACUACCUCCCGUACUCCAUCGGCCAGGUCCGCCACAUGGCCUACCAGCUCUGCCUCGCCGUCAAGUUCCUGCACGACACCAAACUGACGCACACGGACCUGAAGCCCGAGAACAUCCUGUUCGUCAACUCUGAAUUCAGCAUGUCCUACAAUGUAGAGAAGAAGCGAGACGAGCGCGCGGUGAAGAGCACGGCGGUGCGGGUGGUGGACUUUGGCAGCGCCACCUUUGACCACGAGCACCACAGCACCAUCGUCUCCACGCGCCACUACCGAGCCCCGGAGGUCAUACUGGAGCUCGGGUGGUGCCAGCCGUGUGACGUGUGGAGCAUCGGCUGCAUCCUGUUUGAGUACUACCUGGGCUUCACCUUGUUCCAGACACACGACAACAGAGAGCACCUGGCCAUGAUGGAGAGGAUCCUGGGACCCGUGCCCUCCAGGAUGAUCCGCAAGACGCGGAAGCAGAAGUACUUCUACCGGGGCAGACUAGACUGGGAUGAGAGCUCGUCUGCUGGGAAGUACGUCAGGGAGAACUGCAAGCCCCUGCGGCGCUACCUGCUGUCGGAGGCGGAGGAGCACCACCAGCUCUUCGACCUCAUCGAGAGCAUGCUGGAGUACGAGCCGGGCAAGCGGCUGACGCUGGGGGACUCCCUCAAGCACCCCUUCUUCGAGGGCGGCGGCGGCGGGUCCGACCCGUCCGCCGGCAAGAACUGGGAGGGGAACCGCGACAUCAGCCGGUGAUGUCCGUGGACGCCUGAUGGACACGCACACAGACAGACAGACAGACAAACGGACAGACGAGGUCGUGGGGAUCCUCUUUUGGUUUUGGUGUUUGGACGCGAGUGUGAUUUUUGGACUGCACUCGAGCCCCUCCUUCUCUCUCGCCCCUCCCUUCCCUGCGGGGGGUACCGCGGGCCCCUCCCUUCCCUGCGGGGGGUUCCGCGGGGCCCCUGAGGGGUCUUGGAGGAGACCAAAGAAGAAUCUUGUCCCGCUUUACGUUCCCCAAACAGAUCCUGCUCCAAGAUGCCCUGCGAUUGUUUGUUAAACCCAAACUGUUGACCUCUCUGCCCAUCAAACACAAACGCACACACACAGUGUUUUUAUUUUUUUCUCCUGCCUUCGUUCAUCAGCUUUACUCCACCUUUGGCCCCUUUCUAUCCCUGUGGUCGGCAUGUCAGGUGAAAAACGGCCCUUUCUAAGAAGCGGUGUUAUUGUUACUCAUAUUUAAAUCAAAAGGUGAUGUUUUGGGGUUCAACCUGUCUUCCAAUUCUGGUAUAUAGGGUGAGGUUUUUUUUGUUUUUCUCGAGCAAGGACGUCUAAAGGAGUCCUCAACGCAGUUUAAGGAGACUGGAUGUCAUCCCCAUGGUACGCAGGGUCUUCCACUAUGCUGGCCGUACAUUGACUGGGUGGGGUUAAAGGCACAGCGGUCAGAGCAAAGCUAGUAAAAAGUCAAUUGAAAUAAACGACACAUUUCUAUCGGAUGGAUGACUCCAGCAAGGUAUUACAUAAUGAGCCGUAACUGUGUCCUGCCUGGAACGAUGAGUAUUGUAUAAUAGGACUGUCCCUUUCAAUGGUGGUGUUUUUAUAUUUCCCUCUUCGAUCACCGUCCUCUGGGUUUGUAAGCGACGCGUUGAACACUCCAGAACAGCAGGCCUCUGUAGCUGGUCUUUUGAAGGGAUUUAACUUGUUUCUGUUACAGUAUGCAAUUUUUUUCAUUUGUUUUUCUUUAUGUGUGGGAUGAUGUGUAUGUUUGUGUUGAUGGUUGGGCGGGGGGGGGGGGGGGGGGGCUUUGGGGUUAAGGGUCAUUAGCUUUCCCCCCGGAACACACAAACAUCAGUCGUACAGCUGUGAAACGCACGCCACAUCACACAAAAUGUUAACCCCCCCUACCCUGAUUGACUAUAGGCCAUGAACUCUGCUCUUUGCAUUGAGAUUAAGCACAGCUCUUACUGGUAACCAUGGGCAACGCACUAACCCGUUGUUAUAUUUAUGUUGGAAUUAGCGGGCCAUGACCUCCUUGUCACCCUGUAUGACCCCCCCCCCCCCCCCCCCCUUCCGCUCUUAAAAACCUGUACAUUACUCUUUUUGUAUGAAAUGUAAGCGUAUUAAAAAGUGUAUAUAUGUAUGAUUGUGUAGAAUUACAGUAAAGUUCUGGCCAAAGGCUUAAAGGCGUGAUGUGCGUGUCGGUGGUGUUCGGUGACGCCCUAAUGACGCUCUAAUCCUACAACUGCCAUGACUUCCCGCAGACGGAUUAGGGCUGGGAGGUGCAAUGGCAUCAUGACACGUGUGUUGCAGUCACGCUCGCACAUGAACUGUUUGCCACAAAACGGAUAGGUUUCACCCCUGGUGGUGGAAGGCCAAAGAUUGCCGUGUCAGCCAGUUUUCUGGGCCACCUCGGUCUGAAACAUACUCCCCCGGAGGAAAAUGUUUACUGGCCCUCACUCAAAAUUGUGAUUAUCAACGUAACAAUCAAAAGUCCCACGGUUUGAAAAGACCAAACAUUCAAUGUAACGUAGAAAGUUCUAUGAAUAUAUAAACACAACAAUCUCCCUG